GUGUCCCUGACCACAAAUUGACUAUUUUGAGGUGUCAAAUGCCUCUCUAGUAAGUCGAAAAUAAAGAAUAGUUCUGAAAUUAAAAAAGCUUCAAAUAUCAAAACAAAAUACGUUUUAUUUUUCCUGUUUAGCAGCAUGCAGUCUUUGAAAGGAUUUUAUUCUAAGACAGCUUUCCAAAGAGUUUGGUGUUUAUGUCCACGUUAUGAAUACUCUCAGAAACCACCUCUGACAGAAUUUGAGGAAAACGAGAACAAAGGUGAAUCUAAAAGGUUAGCAGAAUUUCGAAAGAAAUUAAGAGAAACUACACCAAUUAAAGAUUUGGGUGAACAAGCAGAUUUUUCUCCUCCUAAGGAGGAUCCCCUACCCCCAUGGCCGAAUGACAUUAACCCAAAUACAGGAGAAGUUGGUGGACCUAGAGGUCCAGAACCUACCAGAUAUGGAGAUUGGGAGCGCAAAGGAAGAGUGUCCGAUUUUUAAAUGAUUCAUUGAAAUUAUUACAAUUUUACUGUGAUAUGAUUUUAAUGCUAUUUGCUGUAGACACCUAAAUUAGUUAUGUUCUAUAGAAUAUUUUAUGGCUUAGAAAAUAUAAUAACAGUAGUUGGGUGACAGUCAUUUAAAUAUGACUUGUUACCAAAUAGGAUAUAAUUAAAAAAAUAUAAAUAUGAUUUCUUUUAUUAAGUUUUUGAAGCUUUA